UCUUAUUUCUUUGUUGUACCUCUUCAUCUCCAAUUCCAAUUAGGUCUCAGAAACAAAAACUUUCAACACUGUAGUAGCUGAUCCUUAUACCCACAAUCCCAAAUUCAAUUCACUCUAACAACACCGGAUCUAACCCUUUGUCUCUCUAGGAUCCCAGCAAUCACUUUGCCGGGCGAAUUACUUAUAGCUUGACAUGCGGAGAGAGCAACCCCAGUCUCCUUGCCUAACUGAUGUGGAACCAGACAGACUCAGUUGCUUACCAGGACACAUAAUAGACCAAAUUCUGUCACAUUUGUCAAUUAGAGAAGCAGUGAGAACAAGUGUUUUGUCUAGCAAAUGGAGGUACAAAUGGGCCAUGCUGCCGAAUCUUGUGUUCGAUAAGGAAUGUGUCACUGUGGCUUCUCAGGACCAUAUGAUUAUCAAGAGCAAGCUUUUGAGAAUUAUAGAUCAUGUACUGCUACUCCAUUCUGGGCCAAUCAACAGGUUCAAGCUCUCCCACCGCGAUCUCAUUGGUGUGGCUGAUAUUGAUCGAUGGACACUUCAUCUAUGCAGAAAGUCUAUUAAAGAGUUUGUGCUGGAAAUCUGGAAGGGCCAACGCUAUAAGAUACACUCGUGUUUGUUUUCUUGUCAAAGUUUGACACAUUUAGAAUUAUUUAAUUGUUGGCUUAAACCUCCAUCAGCAUUUCAAGGCUUCAAGAACUUGAAGAGUCUCGAUCUGCAACAUGUUACCUUGGCUCAAGAUGUUUUUGAAAACUUGAUAACCAGCUGCCCUCUGCUUGAACGGUUGACAUUGAUGAACUUUGAUGGUUUCAGUCAUCUUAAUAUUGAUGCUCCGAAUCUCCUGUUUUUUGACAUUGGAGGUAAAUUUGAGGAUAUCAGCUUUGAGAAUACUUUCCAGUUAGCUGUGGUAUCCAUCGGUUUGUAUUUGAAUUUCGAAAUCAAUCAAAGUAGAUUCCAUGGAAGUUCUAGCAAUAUGCUAAAUUUUUUUGUUCACCUGCAUCACGUACAAAGGCUAGAGGUUCAAAGCUAUUUUUUAAAGUAUUUGGCAGUGGGGGUUGUGCCAAUAAAGCUUCCAAGACCUUGCAUGGAUCUAAGUUAUCUUUCAAUACGAAUGAACUUCAAUGAUUCGAAGGAAAUUUCAGCUGCUCUUUGCCUCUUAAGAAGCUCGCCUAAUCUACAAGAACUAGAAAUAUUGGCUCGAACUGAGGAGCAGACUGUUCUGUCACACACAUGUUGGGAAGACGUGUAUUUGAGUUGUCCAGUCAUGCAACUGCGAUAUGUGAAGAUAGAUGGUAUAUCUGGUAUCAAACGAGAAUUAGAUUUUAUCUACUUUCUGCUUCUAUACUCACCUGUGCUAGAAAGGAUGACUGUGAAACCUGUUUCAAACGUGGGAUCAGAACUGAUGAAAGAACUCUUGCGGUUUAGAAGAGCCUCAGGACGAGCUGAAAUUAUUUACUUGGAAUGCUAAUGCUUUUAUUGAAUUCUUAAAUGUAUAUAUAUAAUAUAAUAUAUAACCAUUUUGUCCUUUUAAAUUUUUAAUUGUGGUGGUGAGUGCAUACCAUGGUAACUAUUAA